GGCUGGAGUUGUUGAGGAGUUCCGAGGUAGUGCGGCGCUUGGUUAGGGGACUCCCCGAGACCCCUGGUUUGGGGUCACUUGGUCGCCUUCCUCCUGUCUCUGCGCCGGACUCAGUGCGUAUCCUUCCCCGGGGAGGGGUCUCGGUCUGUGAGGUGUUCUCUCUUUAUCCAUACUCAAGUAACACAAAAUGCCAUUCAAUGACGAGAAGCARUGUGUGGGCGAGGACCAUCCAAGUGAUUCAGAUUCUUCACGGUUUUCCGAGAGCAUGGCUUCACUCAGUGACUAUGAGUGCUCCAGACAGAGCUUCACAAGCGAUUCCUCCAGCAAAUCCAGCUCUCCUGUUUCAACAAGCCCUCCCAGAGUUGUGACAUUUGAUGAAGUGAUGACUGCAGCAAGGAACUUAUCCAACAUGACUCUUGCUCAUGAGAUUGCUGUAAACGAGAACUUUGAAUUGAAACAAGAUGCUGUCCCUGAGAACAGCUUGGCUGGUCAAGUGAAGCAUAUUGUUCACCAGGCCUUCUGGGAUGUCUUGGAAUCAGAACUAAAUGCUGACCCCCCUGAAUAUGAACAUGCCAUCAAACUGUUUGAAGAAAUCCGAGAGAUUCUUCUCUCUUUUCUUACUCCUGGUGGGAACCGGCUUCGCAACCAAAUCUGUGAAGUUUUGGAUACAGACCUCAUUAGACAACAGGCCGAGCACAGUGCUGUUGACAUCCCAGGCCUGGCCAACUAUGUCAUCAGUACAAUGGGAAAGCUGUGUGCUCCCGUGCGAGAUGAUGAUAUCAGAGAGUUAAAGGCCACUGGUAACAUUGUGGAGAUGCUGAGACAAAUAUUUCAUGUCCUGGACCUCAUGAAAAUGGACAUGGUCAAUUUUACAAUUAAAAGUAUCAGACCACACCUUCAACGCCAGUUGGUAGAAUACGAAAGAAGCAAGUUUCAAGAAAUUUUAGAAGAAACUCCAAGUGCUCUUGAUCAAACUACAGAAUGGAUAAAAGAAUCUGUAAAUGAAGAAUUACUUUCUCUUUCUGAGUCUGCUUUAACUCCUGGGGCUGAAAAUAUCUCCAAACCAAGCUUGAGUCCUACAGUGGUGCUAAAUAAUAGUUACUUGAAACUGUUAAAGUGGGAUUAUCAGAAAAAAGACUUACCGGAGACACUUGUGACAGAUGGAGCACGACUUCAGGAACUGACAGAAAAGCUGAAUCAAUUGAAAAUUAUUGCCUGCCUGUCCCUAAUUACCAAGAAUAUGGUGGGGGCUGUUACAGAAGGCUUCCCUGAGCUUACAAACAGGUUAAAAAGGAUUUCAGCUGUUCUACUUGAAGGCAUGAACAAACAGACAUUUAACUUGAAGGAAGCCCUGAAUUCCAUCGGUGUUCAGACUUGUGUUGAGGUUAACAAGACCCUGACAGAGAGAGGUUUACCCACUUUAAACGCUGAGGUUCAAGCUAAUCUCAUAGGUCAAUUUUCAAGCAUUCAAGAGGAGGACAAUUCUAUCUGGUCCUUGAUUGAUAAACGAAUCCAACUAUACAUGAAAAGCCUACUUUGUCUUCCAAGCUCUCAAAAAUGCAUGCCUCCUGUGCCAGGAGGCCUUACUAUCAUUCAGCAAGAGCUAGAAGCAUUAGGCUGUCAAUAUGCAAACAUCGUGAAUCUCAACAAACAAGUGUAUGGACCAUUUUAUGCAAAUAUACUUCGGAAGCUGCUCUUUAUUGAGGAAGCUGUGGGGAAGGUAAAUGCUUCAUCUCCAACCAACUGAAGACAACUGACAUUGGAGACGAGAUGGGAAAUCCAGCACUUUGGUACCCAGUCCAUAACCAUCAAUGGCAUUAUAGAUAUGGCACAUUCUUAGUACUGUCUGUGGUGCAGUGUUAGCCCAAGCAUAUGUAAUCUGGUAAUGUCAGCGUUACAGAAGACACACAUAUCACAUAAACCUUACUUUUGCAUCACCUUCAAGUUUAAAACAGACAUUUGUAAUGAACAAAAAGCAAUUUGUAAUUAAUUAUAUUACCUAUAUAAUACUUGUUUUCCUAAGCGUUUUUAUAUGACUUAUUCAUUCAGCUGAUAAGGAGUUGUUUUUCUCAUUUGUCACUAUCAAAUCUAAUGAUUUUUAAUUUUGGUACAACUUUUUAAAGGGUUUGAAAGUUGUGAGAAUAUUCAAGGCAACUGAUGUUCUGAAUAAAUGAAGUGAAGUAACG